AUGGUCGGCUAUCAUGGACUCUUUGCUAAUUCGCCAAUUGCGUUUUCUAACAUCUACGCGCCGCCGUGUAUUUCCGUUGCUCAAUGGGCUGCCAAUUCACGAUUUCGACCUUCCGAGUACACCGAAUUGGAGAGCAUCUUUUCAAUGUUAAGCGAGCCACUUUCUGCGCAAUAUUGUGGCAAUCAACCGCCUGGUUUGCGCUUUGUCGACUUUCCUGCGAUUAUGAGACAUCCGACUGCUACAAGCCCGAUCACUCAGCUUGCAAUGCUGGAAUUUUAUACACUCGUCGUUGAUUUUGAACCAACACUCUCUCGAAAGUUGACUGGCGAAGCAUCCGACAUCGACAUGCGAUUUAUUAGCCGCAGUUUGAGAUUUUCGCGGGAUGAUGCAUACAAGUGUCCGCCUGAGUGGACCCUUCCUCAUACCGAGCCCGAUUGCAAUUAUGGAAUUGAUUUGAGCCGAGAUUUACUCCGCAUGAUUAAUUUCUAUUGCGAAACGAGCUACUUGACGACAAAGGCAGAUCCACGAUUCAGCGCUGAAACUCACUCGCUUCGACACAUUGGCUUUCUGGAGAGUGAAACAUUUGAAUAUUUGAUGCGAUUGAAGAGCAUUGUCGAUAUUGGAACGCCUAUGGCAUUUUCUCGCUCGAUUCAAGACGAUGUCGAUUGCUCAGCAACGUGCAAUAUUCCUCGACAUUUUCGUGAAAUCAGACGAAAAGGCCGCGGCAGUUUUAAAGACACCGAUUUGAUCCUGAACGAUAUGAAUGCCGAUUGUGUUGAGCUACUGGACAAUAUUAAUCGCUAUCGAGUUUACUCGAAACUCUGCCCGAUGAGCUAUGUUGGCGUGCUGAUCUCAAUGCGAAAGUUUUUGGUCAAAACGCUCGACAAAGAACGCGCUCGACUUCGCCGCGCCAUGCUACCAACAAUGGAGGAAUUUUUGGUCCUCAAUUCGCAAAAUCCCGAUGCAAGAACUACUCGCGAUCACUUGGAGAUGAAACGAAAGAAUAUCUGCCGAACGUUCAUCUACCGGCAGCAGAUGAUCUUUUCGAAUCUUGUCUGGCAAUUGUUCAAAUUGUAUCACAACUUUGUGACACAAUGCGAUCCAAAAACGCCCCAAUCUCACAUGGCAGCGGUGAUGAAAAAAGGACCUCCAACUCCUCUUGAUUUUAUCGAUUUUCGAAAGGCGACAUUCAGAGAGGUGAUCAACAACGUCAAGCCUGAUUUCACCCACACUGCUCAUAUUACAUAUGCUGAAAAGCGGCGGAAGAAACACGGUGCAGAUAGUUUUCCAGGUGAUUCAAAAUAA